GUUUAUUAUUUUGAAAAUAUGUGGACAAGCAUCUCUCUUUGCCCCUCUGAUCGUAUAUCUUCCAAACAAAUAAAGACUCAAGAAAAUAUAUCAGUUAAUGAUUUGUUAGUUGAAACUUUGAUUAGAGAGGCUAAAUUAAGCAACCUUUUCGAACCAACUGAGGUUCCUUUAAAAUUUCUUACGUUGGUUGAAACGUGCAUUAUCAGAAAGGAACGCGAAGCUGAAUUAUCCACUACUAGUACUAAUAAUUUGUUGUGGAUCGAUUUUGGACGGUGGUUAGGUUUUAAGGAACCUAUAAAACGAAGGCAUGUACGACGUCGCCUUAAACAUAAGUGGAGAAAGCUCCAACAUGCCUUGAACUUGCGAAGUGAAAAUUCCACUAACAUGAUUAUUGAGAGUAUUACUAGGCGAGAAAAGACCAGAUUAAUUAUGUCAGCACGUGAAAAUUUUCAAUCUCUAAAGAAUUUGGUCCAAUUUCGUUAUGUGGUUAGCCCAGAGUGUAUUACUGAUUUGGAUGGUCAAACUAUAAUACAUUUAGAACAGCUAGAUAAUUACGAUGCUGUAAUCCAAGCAACCAAUGCUGUGGAUUAUUACUAUUUCCACACUAUAAAUAAUCCAUCACAUCGAAGUCAUGAAUUCUGGGCAAAUUUAAUUGAACAUUUUGGAGCUUAUGCAUUAUAUAACAUUCUCCCAUAUACUAGUUCCAAUACAGCCAGUUCGCAUAACUCCGAUCAUCAAAUAUGUGUAAACAAUUUACUUCAAAAGCUUAAACCGCUAUCAGAUAGUAUUAACCAAUUUUUCCAAGAUUGUUAUAAAAAUCUUUACAAGAAGUUAAACAAUUUAUCUUGGGGACCUUUCGCACCUCGCCCAUUUGGG